AUGGCUAACGGACCUUAUAUCAUCGAACUAUUCUUUGUGAUAUCUUUUCGUAAACCUGUCGCGGAUCCACUGGCCACACUGAGAGAUCAUCUUGUGUCCAAGAAAACGAUACAUAGACGUCAAGUCAUCCCGCAAUCAUUACAUUUGAUAGUUCCUUAUGAUGCAAAGUCUAAGUGCCCACCGAAAGGUUUCAAGCCUCGUCCAGUUCCCAGGCCACCUCCUGUUCCAGUAAAGCCUGCCCCAGUUCCCGCCCAUGUCCCUCCUUCAGUGAAACCAUCGGUAGUUACACCCCCUAUGCCAAAACCCUCGCCAGCGCCACAACCGGUCCCACCUCCGCCUACGAAGCCCCUGCCUCCUUCGCAGGUUGGUCCUCCUGUGGCAUACUUAUUAGCUCUUCACUUACCUUUUGAUCGACACUCGGGCCUAUUCGUCCUGGACACGUCCAAAAAGUCAAACAAUGGCAAAAUAAAUAACGUCGAUCUAGCUCCAUUGCCACAAGCGUGCGGCGAGGUGGGUAUAUUUUCUAACGGCAAUGUAUCUUUCAACGGAAGAAUGUUCUUUCCAAAGCCCAGUGUCGCUGUAACAAUUGCUAUGUGGGUGAAGUUAUCUUCAACAGCGGGGAGACAGUCUCUUUUUGACGUUAUCGCUGCACAAUCUCCUGAGCACAAAGGAAACUAUCACUUUGAGGUCGUAGAUGGAAAAGUGCGGUGGUUUACGCGUGCUUUAGAUGGCAGUGUGAUAUUCAAUGUUGUUACAGCACUGGUGGUAGUUCCUCCGAAUCAAUGGACGCAUCUUGUUGGCACAUACGAUAAAAAGCAAGGAUUGGCCAAAGUAUACGUGAAUACACAGUUAGCAGUCCAAGGUUACGGCUCGGGGUAUUUGGCACAGGACUGGAGCGAGAGGGCAGGCAUUGGAAGUCACAAAGGACAAAGAUUUCUGAUGGGUGCAGUGGACGAGGUGUAUAUCUACACAUCAGCUUUGACGCAGAGCCAAAUCAGAGAACUGGCUUGUAUGUGUGAAGACAGUACAGGUGUGCACCUUCCUAAGCCUGGAUCAUGGCCACAAUGUAUGCGAGGGAAUAAUGGGACAAUAGCAACUAGCAAACCAAAUCCACCUAUUCAACCACCAUGUGUACCUUGUGUUAUUCCCCCGAACUGUCCUGUUCCACAACCAUGCCCAACACAAUGCCCUGCACCAUGCCCUCCAGUGUCAACAACAACAACAACAAUAACAACAACAACAGCCAUACCACCACCAACUCCCGCACCACCACCAACAACAACGGCUACGAUACCCUCCAAGCCAUCGCCUCCAGUACCAACAACCACAACAACAGCUGCACCACCACCAUCCACAAAUGCUACAACUCCCUCCAAGCCGUCACCUCCACCAGUUACUCAACCACCAUGUGUACCUUGCGUGAUUCCCCCGAACUGUCCUGUUCCACAACCAUGCCCAGCACAGUGCCCUGUGCCAUGCCCUCCAGUUGCAACAACAACACCAACAGCUGCACCACCCCCAACCACGACGGCUACAAUGCCCUCCCAGCCGCCAUCUCCACCAGUUACACCUACGAUGAAAACAUCAACUACAGUACAACCACCCCCUGUAACAUCAAAACCUCCCCCUCCAGUAACAAAACCAAAAUAUCCUGGUACAACAAAGCCUCCUGCUACAACAAAACCUCCAGGACCUACAAAGAAACCACCUCCUGUUACUCCUCCUUUUAAAACGACAACAAAACCAAGUGUAGUAGUGACAACAAAACCAGUUACCACAUCACCCAGGCCUCCUGUUGUGCCAACAACUCCAAAGCCUCCUGGUAAGUGUCUACAACACCAUCUCUUUGAUAAUCAUUCAGGAUAUAAAUUUAUUGAGUGA